AUGGCAGGCGGAAUUGUGACCGUGGCUAGUGCGGUGAUGAACCCCCUCAUCAGCAAGCUCAACGCACUCAUGGGCGUCGAGUACGACAAGUUCAAAGGGGUCAGGAAGCAGGCCUCGUUCCUCGAGAGGGAACUCAGCGCCAUGAACGCUGCCCUCCAGAAACUCGAGCUCAUGGAUGACGAGCUCGAUCCAACCAUCAAGGACUGGGUCGAUCAUGUCAGGGAUAUGUCCUACGACAUGGAGAAUUGCAUUGAUGACUUCAUGCACGAUUUUCGCGCUGAUGAUGCCAAGGGAGGCCUUAUAGAGAAGACUGCUCAAUUCAUCAAGAAGUUUCGACAACGUCUUCGGACAGUCGACCGGAUGGAAGAGCUCAAGGAUCUUGCCUUGGAGGCAAAUUCUCGGCGCGAGAGGUAUAAGAUUGAUGAGUGGAAGCCCGUCUCUGGUUCUGUGGCUGUUGACCCUCGGCUGCGAGCGGUCUACCAGGAGGCAGCUACUCUCAUGGGCAUUGAUGGUCCAAGGGAGAAAGUUGCUACUUUGUUGAUGGAUACUCAAAAGAAACUCAAGGUGGUGUCAAUUGUGGGAUUCGGCGGUCUUGGUAAAACUACACUUGCCAAACAAGUGUAUGACAAGACUGGCUCUCAAUUUGACAUCAAGGCAUUCUUUUCAGUUUCACAGAGGCCUGAUAUAGCUGAGCUACUUAACAAUUUCCAAUUGAAACUAGGGAUGGAUGACCCUGUUUCGUCUCGCGCUCGCAAGGUUAAUGACAUCAUUGAAGAGCUAAGGCAACAUUUGAAAGAUAAGAGGUACCUUAUUGUUGUUGACGAUGUGUGGGAUGAAUCAACAUGGAAAACUAUAUUGUGUGCUUUUCCAGAAGAUUGUAAUGGAAGCAGAGUAAUAGUUACAACACGAGUGGAAGGUGUGGCUAGAGCAGCCUGUCAUAAUGACCGUGAGAGCAUCUACAAAUUGGAACCUCUUAGUGAAGAAAACUCAAGAAGGCUGUUAUUAAAUAGAGACUUCGAAAUCUUGACCGGUGAUCUGGUUCGACAAUGGAUAGCUGAAGGUUUCAUCAGUAGUUUGCAUGCGCAAGAUCUGGAGGAUAUUGGCAGAAGUUAUUUGAAUGAACUUAUCAAUAGAAACAUGAUUCAGCCUUCUGAAACAGAGUGUAGGGAGGAGUGUUGCAAAGUACAUGACAUGAUGCUCGAUUUGAUCCUAAGUAAGUGUGCUGAAGAUAACUUUGUAAGUGUGGCGUACAAUUAUCAAGAGAUGGCAAGACUAAAUGGCUGUAAAUAUAAGGCUCGCCGAUUAUCUCUGAGGUCCACUGUUGGUGGUGGAGCAACAAAUGGGCCAACUAUUGGUGUUGCCCUAUCACAAGUUCGAUCAUUUACACUAUUGGGGAACUCCAUGCCUCCUCUUUCCUCGUUCAAGUAUCUCCGGGUGUUCAGAGGUGACGGGGAGACACUUGACCUCACCGCUAUUAGCCAACUGUUUCAGCUGCGGUAUUUGUAUGUUCGGGGACAAGAUUUUGUACAGCUCCCUGCUAAACUUCAAGCGCUUGUUUACUUAGAGACACUGGCCAUAAUUGAUGCCGAUAUCAAGAGCAUCCCCUCAGAUAUAGUACAUUUGCCUCGCUUGUCCUUUCUUCAAAUUUGCAUGGAAGAAGUGUUGCCAGAAUGGAUUGGGGAUAUGACAUCAUUGCACACUCUGAUAUUAUCAAGGUACAGUUUCACCGAUAAGGUCGGGGUGAAUGUGAUGAAGGGUUUUAUUGGUCUCGGCAAGCUGACCAAUCUAAGGAAAGUGGAGUUCCAAGUGGAGUGUAUGAACAAGCUGGAACUUGAAGCUUUGGCCUGCUCCAUUGGAAAGCUAUGUAACCUGAAAUAUUUUACAUUAUACGGGCCAGGUACUGAAGUCAAUAACCAGAUGGACUCAUUAUCCAUUCGUUUCCAACAUAUGGAGGAAUUUCACGGGACUCUAUGGCGAUUUCGGAGAGUUCCAAAAUGGAUGAGUGGUCUCCAUUGCCUUCGCAUCCUCGACUUGCGUGUGGAGGAGAUUUCAACUGAGGAGGUUCAUCUUCUUGGAAGGCUUCCGUCCCUCAUGAAACUUGAUUUGAGGCCAUCGCAUAUCCCCAAAGAAAGAGCUAUAUUGGGCACAGGACUAUUUCCGGUUCUGGAGUAUUUUUUAUUCGAAUCUAGGGAAGACGUUAUGUCAUACCUGGGGUUCGAGGCGGGGGCCAUGCCCAACAUACAAACCCUCACUCUCCAUGUCGCGAAGUGGUGCGGCGGAGUACCCAUUGGCAUGGAGCACUUGUUACGCCGCCAGAAGAUCGAAUUGCCGCAGCGUAGCUCCGGUGAUUCCAUCAUAUCAUCCACGCUCAGGCAUGCCUUAUCAGUGCACCCAAACCACCCUUCUGUUGAAUAA